UUACGUUUGUUUGGGUGGGGCGGCGAGAGGCAGGGAUCUAUCUUGCCGUUGACACAGCUUUGGUAGGCGGCGUCGAACGUCAGCUCUAAUAGUCGAGCGGUAUCAUCCUGGAUGCGAGGAUUUAUCGUUCAAUAGUUACAUUUGCGCUCAUUAUUCUCAAUUACGUGACCGCUCUCUGGUGUCGUUUGAAUACAGUCGCCUGGAAUGGAAAACUCUACAGACGACUACAGAAUCCAGUCAUUUGACCUGGACACACAGAUGCUACUGAAAACAGCAUUAAAAGAUCCAAGUUCAGUGAACCUAGAGAAGGUGUCCGAUAUCAUCAUGGACCAGUCCUUAAAGGACACGUUGUUCAGCAAAGAGGCCGGACGCAUUUGCUACACUAUUGUGCAGGCUGAGGCCAAGCAGAACAAUGGAAACGUGUUCAGGAGGAACUUGCUGAACCGGCUCCAGCAGGAGUUCAUGGGCCGCGAGGAGAUGAGGGACCGCUCGCUGCAGGAGUGGGUGCGCUACGUCACGUUCAUCUGCAACAUCUUCGACAACCUCAAAGUGAACAACAUGCCGAUGGUGGCCCUGGUCCAUCCUGUGUAUGACUGUCUGAUGAGGUUGGGCCAACCAGAUGCUCUGUUGAAUGAGGAAGAGGUGGACUGUCUGGUGCUGCAGCUGCAUCGCAUCGGGGAGCAGCUGGAGAAGAUGAACGGCCAGCGGAUGGACGAGCUGUUCUUCCUGCUCCGGGACGGCUUCCUGCUCCAGGAGGGCCUCUCGUCCAUGUCCCGCCUGCUGCUGCUCGAGAUCCUGGAGUUCAGGGCCGGAGGCUGGAUGCUCAGCGGCACCGCCCACAAGUACUACUACAGCGAAAUCGCAGACUAGGACGGUGACAGGAGGACUAAGGAGGACACCUCUCCUUAGUCACCGCCACUGAUUCUACUUAAAACCAGCAGCAGACUCUUUCCAGGUUAUCAUUGGAGGGGUUUGAGAAGACGGCUGUUCGUAAAACCGCCAAAAAAGACUUUGCUGGAUUGCUCUCUGCGUUUGAUAAUAUGUCUGAGGCAUGGCGUCGUGGAUGUGGUACGUGCAAUAGUUCAGUUAACGAGGUUUAGCCACAUUCAGGUGCACUUUGUUCAAAAGAAGUUUGUUUUAUAAUUUGUAUAGAGAAGCUUUUUUUUUUCUUCCAAGUUUUUAACCUUACAUUCCUGAUUUGAGGAAACAUUUCAGUUUACCCAACCCAAAGGAGUUGGAAGAGACAUUUUGGUCUUUGCUUUAAUAUUAACUGCUGUUUUAUUCAGUUGGAAAUUGGGUUAAUAUUUUAGUUGGUGUAGAAUUGCAUUGUUACAAAUGUUUGAAUUGCAGUUCUACUUUGUCCUCCUUUUACCAUUUAGCAGAGCUGUGUCGUCAUGGUCUUAAUUCAGGGAUUUUCUUUUUAUCAUUCCUGUUAUUUUUAUUUUAUUUUGUUACAACUUAACAAAUAGACCAAAAGUGUGAUUGAACGUAAUAUUUGGACCAUUUUCUACAGACAGGUAUUACAUUUUUUGCAGUAUUUGUUUGUUAAAACAGAAGUGUGCCAACAUGAACAACAUCCAGCGCAGAUAAAUCCACAAAAUCAAGUGAAGGCGUUGAUUUGCAGUCAAGGUGCUAGAGGAGUCCCUCUCACUUUUCCUUUUCGCGAGUCUGUUUUAAGUGUGCACUUAGUAGUGAAAUGUUUUCAUAUCAAUUGAGGUUUCAUCAGCACUAGUUACACCCUGUAGUUGAACCGUCGAUGCUCAGUGGCAACUUUAAGGUCUUCAACUGGAGCUGUGCCUUGGAUUCACUCCGAUACAAAUAUACACUUAAUGUCAUGCUGUUAAAAUACUACAUCUGUCGGAAAUGUUACACACUAUAAACCCAGAAAAUUUAAGUAAACCAAUCUUAAACUGAAAUUUCAUGUCAAGGAUGAUUUUUUUUUAAAGGCUUACAGAAGCUACUGGAAAACUUGUUCACGGUGCGAGAAAUGGAUUAGAUUCCUUCUUUCUGCUUCAUGUAUUUUAUGACCAGGCAGAUUAAUGAACACAUGCCAGAUCAUUAGGUACACGGGUGAAAAUAAAUGGAGUCCCUCAAGGAGACCUGACUGCAGUUUUUGCAUCUGUAUUUUAUUAGUUUUAUUACAUUUCAACAUUUUUACUCACUUUGUUUUUUUUUUUAUGGUUGUUUCAUAUUAAAUGGAAAUCUUUUUGUUCUAAUAAACGUUUGGAAGGUUCUUUA